AUGCCGUUAUCAAAGCGAAGAAGGUUAUUUACUCCUAAAAAGCAUAAAACUAAACCUACUAACUGCAAAGACCAGGAAGAACCUAAAGAAAAUGAAGUAAUAACAGCUCGUGGGCGUCUUAAAGGUGCUUUAAUGGAGAUGCUAGAGCCAACAGCUGAUGAAUCUGAUGAAUCUUUAGAAUAUGCCCCCGUAAAACAAGAAAGCCAAGAACAAAAAGAAGAAUCGUCUGAUGAGGAUACAAAGAGUAAAACACCACAAAGACAAUCAUAUGUAUUAAAGCUGUUUGACAGAAGUGUAGACUUAUCACAGUUCAGUGAGGACUCUCCAUUAUACCCCAUAUGCCGGGCAUGGAUUGCAAAUCAACCUAAAGCAAACUAUAAAGAUUUUGGGAAAACAAAGCAAGAGGUGCCAGUCUUAGACAGUCUAGAGUUACCAGGGCCUGAAGGGCCACCUAUAUCAAGAAUACCAAACCUACUUCCAGAGCAGAAAGCUUGCAAUAAGGAUAAUAUUAAUUUAAACUAUCAUGAAGCCCCCCUUCCUACGAAAGAACAGCUUCUUCAUGAGCAUAUGUCUCGCUGGACCAACAUCCGAGCUGCAUGGUUAGAGAGAGGAGCCUUAGUAGAAUCUCGGUACAGUGCGACGCAAGCAGUGCUUAAUAAAAUUAAUGUCAAAACUCUGAACGGAAGCGGGGAGAAAGCGAGCGGUGCAGCAGACGCGACGGCCGGCGGCACGGCGCGGGCGGUUGCGGGGGCCGCGCGUGGACGAAUGACACGAGCGUCGAGCGUCCAGGCGCGCGUGCUGCCGAUAAUUACCGAAUCCCUUCCGCGUAUUUUGGGAGGGAGGGGCGCGCGG